AUGCGGCAGCUUUGUUGAAGAUUAGUGUUAGCCCGGCUGACUGAUGUAAAUAUCUUCAUGCCUCGCGGAGACCAUCUUCGAUCAAAGUGCCUCAUAUUGAGGGCUUAAAUGAAUCGGGCGUCCCCGAUAUGAGCUCAGCUCACUUUUUAGCUGAAACCAAUGUACGAUCGGUGUACCCAAUUCGAUUGGGUUCAAGCUCAUUAGAAAAUAUGUGUGCUUUUACAUCUCCCUUUCCCCCUUUUUCUUUUGUCAAUGUUUGCACAUGCAUGCCCUGUUCAGCCGUUCCAUCCAAUCUUUUGCUCUAAUCUUCCCUUAAUUUUGAUGGAGGAGAAAAUCCAAAUAAUAUAGCUCGCACAUGGGGGUCAAUCAAUGACGCCAUAGGCAAUUGUGAUGGUGAUGACAGACCUUAGUGACGGUGGCAAUGGACAUUUCAGUGUAGCAGACGGAGAAGAUGAAGACCUGCACGCGGAGCAAAGACACGAUAUGGCUAAAUUGCGAGUCCGAUCAAGAGAAUGUGUGUUGGAGCUGCAACGCCUAGGUCCACUCGGCCAACUUUUUGGUGGUGCGGCACUCCCGCAGCCUGCCCUUCCAUGGUUGACUGUCCCUGAUGCCGUGGACAACUCCCGGUUCCAAUCUCAGAUCUACUAUUUCGUCGUGCGAGAGAUGUUCUCGCAGGGAGGUAUAAACGGCAGUGAGGCGGGAGAUGAGCGCGAGGACGAUAACAGCAAGGAAGAUCCAGAGGAGGAAGGUGAUGAUGCGGAUAUCCUGCCUGAAAAGCAAGGAUUGCUCCAGUUUCUCAUUUUUUAUAGUAGGACCUAAUCCUUAUCUCAUCUUACGCGUUUGUAGCUGAAACUUCAAAAGUAGCUAGAACACAUGUUAAGUGUUUCAAAAGCAAUAAUUUAGCAAUUUCUUC